AUGUAUGCAAAAAACGAACGAGCUAGCUAUAAAAGAUUUUUAAAGAUUUACGAGGUUCUUAGCAAUAGUAGCGGGAAGAUAACCUUCCAGGUAUACAAGGACAAGAUUUUGGAGUUUGUAGUAAGUUCCUGGCUACGGGAUAGCCAGGAUUUUGUUUUAAAAGAGGAUAAUGAUUCUGGGUACAGCACAAGCAAAAGCAAAUAUUUUUAUUUCUUAAUAUUCCGGCUAUCGAAAAGGCCUGGAAAAGGCUUAAAAACAAAGUGCACAACCAGCCUGUAUAUAACGAUACUAUAG